GAAAGCAGUCAUACUGGAGAGAAACCCUUUAAAUGCACUCUAUGUGGUAAAGCCUUCCCCUAUACCACUGAUCUCAUAGGGCAUAAAAGAACACACGCAGGAGAGAAGCCUUACAAAUGUAAUCAAUGUGGUAAAGCCUUUGCAAAAAACAGUCACCUCAUAAGCCAUAGAAGAAAACAUACUGGAGAGAAACCUUAUGAAUGUCACCAGUGUGGUAAAGCCUUUGCACGAAACAGUCAUCUCAUAAGGCAUAAAAGAACACACACUGGAGAGAAACCUAACGAAUGUAAUGAGUGUGGCAAAGCCUUUGCAGAAAACAGUCAUCUCAUAAGCCAUAAAAGAACACACACUGGAGAGAAAUCUUAUGAAUGUGACGAGUGUGGUAAAGCCUUUGCAGAAAACAGUACUCUCUUAAGCCAUAAAAGAAUACAUACUGGAGAGAAACCUUAUGAAUGUAACCAGUGUGGUAAAGCCUUUGCACAAAACAGUCAUCUCAUAAUCCAUAAAAGAACACACACUGGAGAGAAACCUUAUGAAUGUAACCAGUGUGGUAAAGCCUUUGCACAAAACAGUGCUCUCAUAAGCCAUAAAAGAAUACAUACUGGAGAAAAACCUUAUGAAUGUAACCAGUGUGGUAAAGCCUUUGCACAAAACAGUCAUCUCAUUAGCCAUAAAAGAACACACACUGGAGAGAAACCUUAUGAAUGUAACCAGUGUGGUAAAGCCUUUGCACAAAGCAGUGUUCUCAUAAGACAUAAAAGAACACAUACUGGA